AUGGAACGUCAGGAUGAAACAUCCAUAAAUUAUUAUUAUAGAGAGGCAUGCAAGUACGUAACGGUUGUUGUUGGAGUUGGUUGUUUGUGCUAUUUCUGCUCCUCCAUCGCUUGCUCAAAUAUGAGUGCAUUUUUAAUAAACUCAUCCGUCCCAUUGUUGUCACCGAUCUUCACAGCAUCAGCAACUGCUCUGACGUCAUCGACUACAUUCUUACCGCCACUUUCAAACAGCAUUGGCAUGUCGGCCGAAAUGACCACGCCACACUACGGCGGCCACCACUACUCUCAUUACGACGACGAUAGCAACUAUUACGACGACGAUUACUAUGAUUAUUACGAUGACGGCGAGGACGAUGGCAAUGAUGGCGACAUGAAACUUCGUCAUCUUCGACAUCAUCGUCAUUGGCGUCAUCGUGCCAGCCGAACGCGUCAACACGACGAUUACAACAAUCGUACAUACAACAACAGCAACAAUAACAACAACAGCAACAACAACAACAACAACAACAACAACAACAACAAUAAUAAUAAUAAUAAUAAUAAUCUGAACAACAGUAAUUAUGGGUAUGGUUAUUUAAACAGCAUUAACUCAUCUUCUUACGUUACACAUUUCAAAAAUUCCACCGAAAUGACGCGCAGAUGGCGGUACAACGAAACGGACCACAACCCUUACUCGUCAACAUUUCACACCACAACGACCGUCGCCACCAACAACGACAACCAUUACAAUGCAUUCAACUCGACAACUGCAAAGUCGCUAAAGAAGCGACGACGUGCGCUUCACCGAAAGAGAAGUCUCAACUUCAAACAGCAACACUACAGUCAACGUAUAUUUACGAUUUAUAGUUACCUGCUCUAUCGAUUUCUUGAAAUUUCUUUAGAAGGCAGAGUAUCCCUUAAUAACAACAGUAGUUCACCAUUUUGUGAGUGA